AUGGAGAGCGAGAGCGCAACGAGCGGGAAACUCUGUGCACUCUCCGUUUCAACUACGCUUGCUGCUGCGAGGCACCACAGCAACAGGAUGGAAGCGCCAAGAAGGCGCAUGCGCCUGGAAAAGGUUGGUGUCUAUGAAUGAACUGGAAUGAUGAGCCUCAUAUUCAACUCAAAUUGACUUCAAUCAACUCCACAGUAACCUCUUUCUUCGACCUCCAAGUCAUUUCCUCAUUCCCCAAGCCAUUUAAAGACGUAUAGUUAGCUCAUAGCGGCUUGUUGGGGUAAUUUUAACCGCUAUAAACCGUUGAAACUUUAUCUUUGUUUUAUUUUAACCAAGUAUCAACUACUUCGAUGCUCAACUGAGCUGUUUCGAGUCUGUUAUCACCAAAAACAGGGUCUUAUAAGUAAAUUGAAAAAACAAAAGAUUUCAGAGCCGCUUUUUCCCAGUUUUUAAAAUACGAGUGGUAUUGAAAAAAGCUCUCAGAUCUAAAAACUUUGAUUAUCUCUCUUCAAUUAUCCAACAAAUAUUUUUUUGAUGUGAAAAAGAACAGCUUUUGUGGCAAGCGGAUAGGUUUUUUAAAGCGGAUUUUGGCUAAGGGAUCUUUCUUAUUCAGCUCUUUUAGAACCCUAAAACGGAGUUUUGGAUAGAAUCUUGUUUCAAAGGAUUAAAAUGUCUGAAAAACAUCCCAAAUUAUGCUUACAAAGUUCAAAAUAGUUGAAACGUUUUCAAUUUUACGUUUUUUUUUUUGGCUUGACGACCUUGAACGUGUUAUUUCAUCACUCAGUGAAAUUCGCAACAGUUCACUGUUGUUUUUUUGAAAAAAGAUAAUGACAACUCAUUAAUUAUACUACAUUUCGUGUUGCGGUUUUCUUUUUUGUUCGCUUUUUUUUUAUUGCGCCAGAACCUCGUUCACCUUUUGCACGGCAUUUGGAACGACCUUUUUUUUCAUUCUACCCUUUUUUGAUCGCUUUUGGCUCAAUGAAAAGCCUCUCAUUAUUCGUUUUUAGAACUCUAUUUUGUUUCCAAAGCCGUGAUUAUAUGCUUUUUUGAGCGCUUUUCUUGGAACAAUUUCAACUUCAGCAAUUUUUGAAUGAAAAGGUAUCAUUAUGGUCUAAAAAAGGUAGCUAUGAAGUAUUUCCAGUUUUCCGAGGUAUUAAUGUUGUUCAUCUUGUGAUUUUGCGUUGUAUUUCAAAACACUUCUAUCUGACUAAGUUAUUAGUCGAACAAAAAACAGGUUGAAGAGGUCCGGUCGCAAUGUUUUCGCUCCUUUUUUUUCUCUCCGGCUUGAACUUUAUCGAGUGUUUUGAGUUUUUCUCACCUCCUAGGCAAAGUUUUUCUUCGUGAACAGUGGGAAAGUAGACAGGUUGAUGAGAGAAUUGCGUUUUCUGUUUCCCAGGAUGAUUUUUUUGUCUCUGGGAAUUUGGGUAUCUAUUAAUAUUCCAACCUUACCGCUGAUUAUUGUUCAUUGCGAGAAAGUUUGAAGAAGAAGUGUUGGGAAGCAAGUUUGGCUUGAUCUUGAUGACCUUUCAUGUUCAAUGUCACAACGCCUUCGCUGUGCAGAUCUCGACGCUUUCGAAAACAUGCACCGUAACCUUUCGAAGAGAAAGAAAAAGGUUGAAAUGAAAUAAAUAAGGAUAAUCCAGCAGCAAAUUCGCCUAAAUAAAUCAAGUGAUUAAAUUGUGUGGCGCGUGGAUAAUCCGUCUUUUCAUCCAAAUUGCGUCAAAAUAUCUUGAAAAGCCUGUUAGGGCCAUUGUGUCGUCCGCUUCUUCGAUGAUGCAAUAUGAUAAAAGUCGUUGCAAAUAUCUCAUUCAAGCGAAAUAUAUUGACAUUGAAAGGUUUUUCCGCGUCCUUUCUUUAAAAGCUUUAAAAUGAAAUCCAUUUAUCCCUUUUAUUUCUGAGUGCUUUUUGAAACGAAAUCCUGGAGCGCAAAAAAUGAAAACAUAUUUCCUUGGAUACGGGAGAAGAACUAAAUUUUUUAUAAUGGCAAAGUGGAUUCACGUUCCAGCAUCGUUCUCGUGAUUUUUGAGGAAAAUAAUUAAAGAGAAUUUUUUUGUUUCCCAUGAAAUAAAAAAAUUCGAAUAAAUUUUUGAUUGGAUGUGGAAACAAGACGAAAUUGUCAUGCCAUGCGACGGGAAUAUCGUUUUUUUACAACGUCCGAUUUUUUUCUCGGGAAAAAAAGUAUGAAAAAAACGAUAAAAUUAUCUGUAUCUUAUAAAAUUAGCAUUAAAAAAACUUCAUACGUCAUGAAUUUGAGAAAACUGACGAACAUAUAAAAAAAAAUUCAGUAGGUCUUUUAUGAUAAAAAAACAAGUUUUAUUUCUGAUUUCAAAGCUUUUUAAUGUUUUUCAAAAAAACUCCUCCUCUUUGUCAAUUUCGAUGAGUUCUGAUUAUAAUUUAUUUUUCUCAUCAGAAAUACAGAAAAUGCUGGUGAAAUUCGAGAGCUUAUUGUAAAUAUAUUUGUUUAUUCUCUUAUCGUUGGUUUUUUAGGUCGGCCUCUACGUGGUCGGCCGGGCGAUCGGCAGGGGAAACUUUGCCACAGUGCGUCUUGCACGACACACGAUCGCCAAAACCAAGGUUUGAAACGUGUCUAAAAAUAGCUGAACGUCGCGAAACGAGCAAAAAUAAACCCGAAUAAACACGGCACGUUUUUGUUCAGGUCGCACUAAAGAUAAUCGACAAGUCGACGCUCGACGCGGAGAAUAUGAUCAAAAUCGAGCGCGAAGUGAGGAUUUUGAAGACGAUCGAUCAUCCUCAUAUUGUCAAGCCCUAUGAGGUACAGUUAUUGGACAAUUGAGAAGCAUUAAAAUUAUCUGGAGCUAAUUAUGGCAAAUUUAAUGAUCAUUUACAUCAGCAAAGUGAAAAAAUUGAGAAACGUUCUUUUGAGGAAUGACAGAAUCAAUAAAUAAUACUAUUGAUAAAUUCAGAUUGACAAUAUACGAAAAAAAAAAGAAAAUUCAUAAGUCAAAUAAGUUGUCCAUGGAGCGCGUUUGCUCUUCUAACUACAUUUUUGAACAAAUCUUCCAAUAUUGGACCAAAAGUUGAUCAAAAAAUUGUGAUAUGGCUUAUGUCUCUCCCGUUAUGGAGGUUUGAAAAGCAAAAUUCGGAACCAUUAACGCAGAGUUUUUUUGCACAAAUUUCCACGUUUCAUGUAAAAUUAGCUCUCUAAUUAAUUCAUUUUAUCGAAAAGCUAGUAAAAAAAUAUUAUGCCCUCCCCCAUGUUGUCCAUCGAGCUGACUUGCCUUUUCACUCAGCAAAAAUUCAUUUUUUUUUCCAGAUCAUGAGGUCAGACAGGUUCAUCUACAUUGUAACAGAGUAUUGCAGUGCAGGUGAACUUUAUGGUAAAUAUUUUUUGUCUCUUUUCCAAUUUUCAUUUAUUGAUUUUGAGAAACCUUAAUAGAACGUGGCCGAACGAGUGAAGAUAUCGCGAGGAGGUGGUUUUGCCAAACAGCCUCCGCCGUGGCCUACCUUCAUGAGAAAGGUUUUUUUCUACUUUUUUCAGCUCGACAGUCAUUUUUCCAGGGAUCGUUCAUCGAGACCUAA